AUUUUUACUGAUAAGUACAAUAAAGGUAAAUUAGCCAUUUCGACAUUAAGUAUUUGGUGUGAUGUACAUUUUGUGAUAUUUAUUUAUUUUAAUUAGUUUUUAGUGAAAUGUUUCGUAAAAGCAUAUUCUGUGUUAUUGUCCUACUUUCCCUUGUAAAAUACAAUUCUGCACAAUGGACGUGCACCAGUGAUUCUCAAUGUGGAGUGAUAGGCAGCGUCUGCGUCGACGGAGGAUGCAGCUGUCUACCAGGACAACAGGUGGUGAUGUCUGGGACAUUGUGCGCUGAUAUUGCGCCGUAUCACGCGGCGUCUUGCGUGGAGGAUUUCCAAUGUUCAAAUCUGUUCAACUCGUUCGAAUGUCGACGUGGAGAUCCGGGUGACGAUGCUGGUAACUGCUUCUGUCAGCACGGCUACCACUAUCUUCAGGGUCGGUGUUGGCCUACCAGGGACUUCGGGGAAGACUGUUCACACGAUGAAGAAUGCCUGUCUCCAGCCAUGCCUGACCCUGGCAGUUUAGCGUGCGAUGGGACUUGUCAGUGCGCGGAGGGAUAUUACCUAAGGCAGAGGGGAGAGUGCAGAAAGAUUGGUUAUGCUGUUGGCGAUGGCUGCGUCAUCAACCAGGACUGUCAUUUCGAAGGAGGAGCCUGUCACCCCACCAAUUUCGUGUGCUUCAAUGAAAACGAUCCCAACCCAACAACGUCUUAUCUCACAGCCAACACUACAAGGAAUAUUGCAACUUCUUCCGCUACAAAUAGAGCUCAUUUCACAUCGUGCAAUGCGCUGACGCCGUGCCCAGAACCCUAUAUUUGUUCUGUGCUGGGUGCAUGUGUGUGUCCUCCGGGAUAUUAUCAAGAUGGCGGAUCUAUUUGUUUGGCGGAAUUGGGAUCGCCAGCCUCUGAACAGCAAUGCCAGGGUCUGUUCGCUGUCGUUAUAAAUGGAAUCUGCACUUGCAGAGCCAAUUACUUCUUCGGCGAGGACAUGAGGAAUUGUGAAAAAGUGGCACGCACAAGAAACGACGCGUGUACUACAGACAUGUUUUGCCGCACAUUCGGUGCGCAGGCGCAGUGUGGCGAGCCGCAGGAGUGGGGGCUGCGCACCUGCGUCUGCGACGCGGAGCACGCCGUGUGGGAGGAGGAUAGACAGAUAUGCAGGCUGUUCGCCGGAAUCGGCGAACAGUGCGAGGUGAACAGCGACUGCUUGGCAGGAGCUCUGGAGGUCACGUGCGUGGUGGGAGACGAGGGGGUCGGCUACUGCGCAUGCCCAGAGGGGCUGGUGGAGUAUGAGGGGUUGUGCCUCACUACUGGACUGGAUCUCGGCGACCCGUGUCAAGCUACUCAGGAAUGUACAGUGACUGAACACACAGUGUGCUCUAACGGCCACUGUACUUGUGACAACGGGUAUCAAGCUCUUGACGGCUUCUGCGCGCCUAUAAUUGGCGGUACUUGCGCUGAAGACAGCGACUGUGUUAUAGACAAUACUCUAUGUCACGAAGAGACAAGUACGUGUCAGUGUAGCGACGACUUUGUGGAGUAUGAGGAUGAUUGCUGGCCCAGAGUCACGGACAUCUUAUCGCCAUGCAACGUGACAGCUCAAUGCGUGCCGAGUUUGGGAGAAAAUUCCGUUUGUCUCGCUGGAAGCUGCGCGUGCGACACCGAUUAUCAUUACAGAGAUGGGAGGUGCUGGGCUCGAAUCGGUCUUUUCGAGGCGUGUCAGCGUACAAGCGAAUGUUUCCUGUCGCAAGACUCGGACCUGACCGAAUGUAGGAAUGGUCUGUGUCAGUGCGCCUUCGACUUUGAGUAUUCUGAGCAGUCGCAUACGUGUUUAUCAUCCGCCACAAGCAUCGCCGCGGGAGUUACUAGUUUAAUAAUAACAGUGAUAUAUUUAUUCGUAAGAUGAUUAUGACAAUAAAUGAAAGUAUGGUGACAAUAUAAGUAAAAGCAAGAACAUAUUACUUAUUUGACAUCCAGAGAUAAA